GGCGACUAGGCUUGAAUGAGUCGGCAUAAUCUCUACAAUUCUUCACCGCCCAAAGAAUUUCUGAAGAUUUCCCCGGGGUAAAGAAAAGUGCAGAGAAUCAUCAGCAAAUUCAAUAUUCAAGCAAUUCAACCAUGUCGGGCGCAAACGACAAAGCAAGAUUCUAUCUUGAACAAGGUGUUCCUCAAUUGCAAGAAUUGGAGCAAAAGAAAAUAUUUACAAAGGAUGAAAUCAAAACAUUAGUCAAAAAGCGGUCCGAUUUCGAACAUAGAGUGUUGGUGAGAGGUUCGAAAGCCGUUGAUUUUGCUCGAUAUGCCGCAUGGGAAAUGAGUCUCGAGGAACUUCGCCAAAAAAGAUGUAAACGAAUGCGCAUAAAAGGAAGCUCAUCGCAUGCCGGUCAAGCACGCGUAUUCGGCAUAUUUGAUAGAGGUGUAAAGAAACAUGCUGGGGAUGUCGCAUUAUGGAUGUCAUAUUUGGAAUAUGCAAGGAAAGCCAAAGCGACGAAAAAGUUCAAGACGGUUUUGACAGCGGCAAUUCGAUUACAUCCUACCAAACCGGAAUUGUGGCUAUAUGCGGCCAAGUGGGCGUUGGAAUUGGAUGCGGAUAUGAAUGAGGCAAGAAGUUAUAUGCAGCGGGGAACUCGAUUCUGUACUAGGAGUAAGGACUUGUGGAUCGAAUAUGCGAAAUUAGAGAUGAUCUAUCUAGCAAAGAUUGCUAUACGGAGGAGGAUUCUUGGUUUGGACAUUGAUAGGACUAUCGAAGCUCCAAAGGAAAUCGAAGAGACACCCGAAGAGUCUGGAUUCACAACCUCACAGGAUAUGAUCGCAAUUCCAGAUUUCAAGGAUAACACAAUGCAGCCAAGCAUGAUGGCAAGAGUAGGAGUAGAUUCCGAAGCCGCAAAAGACCCAAUGACUACACCAGCUCUCAACGGUGCAAUUCCACUUGCUAUCUUUGAUGUCGCUAAAAAGCAAGCAUUCUACUCAUCAGCCGCAGCAGAGGGAUUCUUCGACAUGUUUGCAGCAUUUACCCAAGUAAAAUCUCUUCCUAAAAUCCUCCAACAUGUUUUGGACAGUAUGUUGGAAUCAUAUCCUAAGGAUCCCGCAACAUGCAAUUGUUAUAUUCGUCAACCAUUAAUUGGCAUCGAUCACACCUCUCCCGAGUUUGCAGUCGCCAUUGGAUCUGCACUAAAUCGUCUCAAGGAAUCAAUGGAGAAUACUAAUGAUAAAACUCAAUUGUCACUGAAGACAAGAGCAUGGAUUGAGGCAAUCGUAGCAUUACCAGAAUUAGAUUCAGGCAUUCAAACGGUCUUGCAACAUACACUCCGAAAGCUGGAAUAAGUGCAGCAUGAUUUCAGAGGUCAGAGGAUUUGGAUGCAGUACGUCCACAUCCAAGCGAAUUUGGAGAUGCAGACGUGGGAAAUGUCUGGAUUCUCGUUCAUUGAUGAAAGUGAGGAAAUCACUGGUGGCAGUAGAUAAACCUCUACAAUUUUGACCCCCCCGUCCAUAGGAUAAGGAAGGUUAGAGGUACAACAAAAGCAUAAUCUUGAACUUGUGCAUAAUGUGAAGAGGAAAAGUUUCAAAUGGCGUUGGGCUUGGGCAGGAGUAUAGGAGGCAGGGCUCUUUUAUGAGAUACUCAAUAUCGAGAAGAAAAAGUACUACUCGAUACCAAGAAUCUAUCAAUUACUUUAAUUCUUUCUUCGAACCUGGAUCAAUGUGAAUAUUUAAACCUGGGAUUAUCUACUUGUUCUAACGUAUUUCAUCUCUUGGUUCAAUAAACUGGACGUGGACUCA